AUGACAUUCCUCGGCCUUCCUCGCGAUGCCUCCCCUCGUCUCAAGGCUAUCCAGGGCUGCCAACUGGCCAUCGUAUCGCUAACCAUCGUCGCCACCUUCCUCGCCGCUGUCGUUUCCCAGAAGCACAAAGCCUUCACCUUCGGCUUACUCUACCCUCUCAUCCUUAUCUCCUGCAGUACCACCUUCUUCGUGUUCAGGGAGCAGCGUCGCGCCAGGGAGGGAACAUUGACCAAGGAUAAAUACGUCAAGUACCAGCUCUUCAAACUCUUCGCUGCAUUUGGCUUGGCCUUUGUGGCUUUUGUUCUGAGUAUUGUCCUUGGCGAAAAAAAGGUGGAAUGCGAUAUGAAGCUUCCCGGCGAGCAGGGUCUGUGGUUGGGCUGCAUUAAGGUGAAUACGUGGCAGGCCUUGAUUCUGUGGAUGAACGCCUUCAACUGGAUCUUCCUAUGGGCCGGCGUGUUCUACUCCUGCUGCAUGACAGGCAAUAGGCAAGGUGCUAUCACGCUUAACGGAGAGGAGGCACACAUUGGCUUGGAAAACGACACUUCCCGUGACGAGGCUACCGCUCGUAACCUACAAGCUCAGGACUCCAACUGGCGCUAG